GACACAGACACACAGACACACACAGACACACAGACACAUCAUGGGUGAUGAUAACAACGCACCGCCAGCCGACUUGGAGGAGUUCUUGGGCCGCGUGAAUGAGGUGCACAAUGUUGUGCUCGGCAUGAAGGAAGGGGACACAACGGCAUAUGACCGCGCCGGUCAACUCAUCAAUAAGUUGUCCCAGGACAGCGAUGGCGCGGAUGGUGUGCGCGUGCGUGCUGACCGCACAUGUAUCAACAGCACCACCAACGACAACAGCAGCAGCGGCAGCACACCCACCACGACUGCAGGCGACAGCGCCGUGGGUGGCGUGAACGCUGGACCGGCCAUGUCACAGAACGCGUUCAUGCAGCAGAUGGCGCAGGACGCGGAGGAGCGGGCCAAGCGGCGACGCCACAACCGCGAGGCAUCGGAGGAGCACCGCCUCAAGGGCAACGAGCACUUCAAGCGGGGCGAACACGACAGUGCCGUGGAUGCAUACACGACGGCCCUGCGCCUGUACCCAGACAGCCUUGUGCUGUACACAAACCGCGCACAGGCCCACCUGAAGCUGCAGCAGUACUCGGAGGCACUGGACGACUGCGAAUGGGCGCUGCGGCUGCACGACCGGCACCCAAAGGCGCUGCUGCGCAAAGGAUUGGCACUGCGCGGCCUGCUGCGCUUUGAGGACGCCCUGGCGUCGCUCACGGCAGCGAUGAAGGCGCUCACGGGCAGCAAGCGCCAGGCCGUGGCCAAGUACGUGCAGGAGACAGAGGAGAUGAAGGAACAGCACGAGCGGGAGGCGCAGGCGUGUCGCGGGUUGCCGGCAAACCUGAAGAAGGAGCACCCGACGGUGUAUGACGCAUGCCAGCGCCUCGUUAACGCGCUAGCAGAUGUGGACAAGGGGAAGGCGGAAGAGCGUGCAGGUGGGAGUUCCGCUGGUGGUGCAGGAGAGGACAAGACAGCGGGUGCGGAAGCCACGUCGCAAGCUCUGCCGCCAGUGACGCCGACAACGAUAUCGUCUGUGUUGCACGAGUGUACGGAGGACGAGGCGUUGGCGGCGCUGCCGACAACCACCGUACAACAGCUGCAGCAUGAGGCAGAGCGCGCUGCAAAGUGCUUGCAGGCACUGGCAGCAGCGGCAGCACGUGUUGUGGACGACUGUCAUCGCCACAAUGUCGACAUUACGAGCACGGCCGUCACCGACAUUGUGCGGCUGCAGGGUGGUGCCGGUGUGCUCGAGCGCAGCAGCUGCGUUGAUUUGCUUGCACGCAUUUCACGCAUGGCCGCAGCAGAGAAGGCGCACAUGUGCAUGACGCACAUGGCGCUGGUGGAAUCGCUGGUGGGCGCCGCCGCCGCUGCCCUUCACUUUCUCGCGACGAUGUGCAGUGCCUGCAAGCAUUUUGCGACCGCAGCUGGGGCGAGGGGCGAUACCAUGCGACGGGUGAAACUGCUGGCUGAGCUCAUGCUGCCCGCACUCCAACUCGACGCGCUCGCUCUUCUCAAGACAAUUGCAUCCAACGCCGCAAAGCCGGAUCAGGUUGUUGGCCACAGCGUGGUGGCCUGCCUGUCCCAUCUCAUCACCAGCGGGCGCACGACCCAAGAUGACACCGGAUCACAAAGCACUGCGCCUGAAGUGGCGGUGGCGGCGGCUGAGGCGUUGGCUGCGGUCAUGCGCGUGGACAUAUGUCGACAGGAACUGAUGCGUGGCGGUGCAGCGGUCAUCAGUCACAUCGUCACCUCCGUGCAGGCACAGCAGUCAUUAUUGGCGCUGGCGAGGGCGUGUGCGCAUGUGCUGUUGCAAGCGAGCUGCCACGCCCGCCUCCGUCCGCUCCUCUUCACACACAUCCGCGCCAUCACGGCAGCAGUGGCCACGCAGCAGCAGUGCAAACACACGAGCGCGGUUGCGGGACUGCUGGCAACGCUGUCCAAUAUGGGGUUGGAUGCGAGUGGAUUUGAGCAGCUCACAGCCACCACGGACGUCGUGCUGUUGUGCGUCAAGUGCCUCGGCGACACAGAUGUGCGCGCGCACACCACGACAACAGCCAAUGCAGUGGCGUUGCUUGCACGCAUGUGCUCGUCGUCGCAAUUGGUCGCAGCCUUGGUGCGCAGCGGUGGCAUCCAGACACUUGUAGACCUCUUGACAGCAGACGACGAGGCCACGGUGGGCCAUGCUGUGCGGUGUUUGGCGAAAUCGCUGUCGACAGAUGUGCGAGCGGAUGUGGCGGCGGCGAUGACAGACACACGCGCACUCGAAGAACAGAUAAUACCGCUCCUCUCGAGCAGCAGCGAUGCUGUUGUUGGCAACGCCGCCCUGUGUCUCGCCGGGCUCUUUCUUGACGAGAAGGUUGCUGCUGCCGCGCCUGUUGCGUGUGUGGACGCGCUCUUACACGUCGCCAAGAGGGAAAAGGGACCCAUCCAGCAAAACGGGGCGAUGGCGCUUGCACGGGCGUGUAAGGAUGAGGCCAAGCUGCUGCGGCUGCGGCAACUCAACGGGUUUGAGGUGCUCUUUGCCCGCGCAAAGUGACCACCGC